GCUCGGCUCGGCUCGGCCCGGCCCGGCCCGGCCCGGCACCGCGCUCCCGCCGCCCGCCCGCACCCCCGGCUGCGCGCCUCGCCCUGAAAGCCCUUCCGUUUUGCGUUUCCUCCGGGUUUUUGCGCGCUUCCCCCGCCGUGCCGGGCAGCAUGGGGCUGCCGGCGCUGGAGUUCAGCGAGUGCUGCCUGGACAGUCCGCAGUUCCGGGAGCGGCUGCGCUCGCACGAGGCCGAGCUGGACAAGACCAACAAGUUCAUCAAGGAGCUCAUCAAGGACGGGAAGUCGCUGGUCGCCGCCCUCAAGAACCUGUCGGCCGCCAAGCGCAAGUUCGCCGAUUCCCUCAACGAGUUCAAAUUCCGCUGCAUCGGUGACGCAGAGACCGACGAUGAGAUCUGCAUAGCCAAGUCUCUGCAGGAGUUUGCCACAGUGCUGCGGAACCUGGAAGACGAGCGGAUGCGCAUGAUCGAGAACGCCAGCGAGGUGCUGAUCACGCCGCUGGAGAAGUUCCGCAAGGAGCAGAUCGGGGCUGCCAAGGAUGCCAAAAAGAAAUACGACAAGGAGACUGAGAAAUACUGUGGUGUCCUAGAAAAACACUUGAACUUGUCUUCCAAGAAGAAAGAAUCCCAGCUUCAGGAGGCAGACAGCCAGGUGGACCUGGUUCGGCAGCACUUCUACGAGGUCUCCCUGGAAUACGUCUUCAAGGUGCAGGAGGUGCAGGAGAGGAAGAUGUUUGAGUUUGUGGAACCUCUGCUGGCCUUUCUGCAGGGGCUGUUCACGUUCUACCACCAUGGCUAUGAGCUGGCAAAGGACUUCAGUGAUUUCAAGACAGAGCUGACAAUCAGCAUCCAGAAUACAAGAAAUCGCUUUGAAGGAACCAGGUCAGAGGUUGAAGCUUUGAUGAAGAAGAUGAAGGAGAAUCCCCACGAGCACAAAAACAUCAGCCCUUACACCAUGGAGGGGUAUCUCUACGUGCAGGAGAAGCGUCACUUUGGCACUUCCUGGGUGAAGCAUUACUGCACCUACCAGAGGGAAUCGAAGCGCAUCACCAUGGUGCCCUUCGACCAGAAGUCGGGGGGAAAAGGGGGGGAGGACGAAGCUGUCACCCUGAAAUCCUGCACGCGGCGGAAAACAGACUCCAUUGAGAAGAGGUUCUGCUUCGAUGUGGAGGCUGUGGAUCGGCCCGGUGUCAUCACCAUGCAGGCGCUGUCGGAGGAGGACCGGCGGCUGUGGAUGGAGGCGAUGGACGGCCGGGAGCCGGUGUACAACUCCAACAAGGACAGCCAGAGCGAAGGCACUGCCCAGCUGGACAGCAUCGGCUUCAGCAUCAUCAAGAAGUGCAUCCACGCCGUGGAAACAAGAGGGAUCAAUGAGCAGGGGCUCUACCGCAUCGUCGGGGUGAACUCCAGAGUUCAGAAGCUGCUGAGUAUAUUGAUGGAUCCCAAGACAGCCACAGAGACAGACACAGAGAUCUGUGCAGAGUGGGAGAUCAAGACCAUUACCAGUGCACUGAAAACGUACCUGAGAAUGCUCCCGGGGCCCCUCAUGAUGUACCAGUUUCAAAGGAGCUUCAUCAAAGCAGCGAAGCUAGAGAAUCAGGAGUCCAGGGUGUCGGAGAUCCACAGCCUCGUUCAUCGGCUCCCGGAGAAAAACAGGCAGAUGCUGCACUUGCUCAUGAACCAUUUGGCAAAAGUUGCAGAUAAUCACAAGCAGAACCUGAUGACUGUUGCUAAUCUGGGUGUGGUGUUUGGGCCGACGCUGCUUCGACCUCAAGAGGAAACAGUGGCUGCCAUUAUGGACAUCAAAUUCCAGAACAUUGUGAUUGAAAUUUUAAUAGAGAACCACGAGAAGAUAUUUAACACGGUGCCAGAGGCUCCGGCGUCGAACUCGCAGCUGCUGUUAUCGCGCAAGAAGAGCGCGGAGGCGAAGCCGCCCUCGUGCAGCGAGCGGCCGCUGACGCUCUUCCACACAGCGCAGCCCAGCGAGAAGCAGGAGAACAGGAACAGCAUCAUCAACUCCAGCCUGGAAUCUGUCGUCUCUUCAAAUGUAAACAGCUUCCUCAACUCCAACAGCGCUCCCCAGCCCAGCCUGAACUCCAGUGAUCUUGAACUAGAAGUAAUUAAGCCCAACAGGCCAAAUUCCCUCCCUCAGAAUCCAAGCCCAACGUCACCCCUCUCACCGUCCUGGCCCAUGUUCUCUGCGCCAUCAAGUCCUAUGCCCACCUCCUCUACGUCCAGCGACUCAUCCCCCAUCAGCUCCCCGCUGCGCAAGGCCCGCGCGCUCUACGCCUGCAAAGCCGAGCACGACUCCGAGCUCUCCUUCACGGCCGGCACCGUCUUCGACAACGUGCACCCGUCGCAGGAGCCCGGCUGGCUGGAAGGGACCCUCAACAGCAAGACAGGACUGAUCCCCGAGAACUACGUGGAGUUCCUAUAACUGUGGGGGCACAGAGCCACUGCUGAGCGUUCCAUGGUAUCCAUGGCGAGUCCUGCAGGCCCCUGUGCUCUGUGCCACCGCCUGAGCGGGGUGAGGACACCCCUGUGCCCGCUGCGGGAUGUUUGUGUGGGUCGGACGUCGCCUCCCGUCCCGCUCCACACAGGAGUGGUCCUGGGGAGAUGGAGACACACCCCAGCCCAUGGUGGGCGUGCUUCAAGCCCACAUCCCAGCCAUGGAAAACCAGCCAAGGGACAGCCAAGUGCCCCGAGGGGCCGAGCUGAAGACUGGGAAUGGUCGGAGCCACUGGAGCCCUGGGCCCCCACGGAGCAGGGCCCCACCAAGGAGGAGUGUGUGCUCCCAGAGCCUUCCCCGUGCUUCCCCGGUGCCCCAAGCACAGCUGUGGGUGCUGCCAGGGAGCACCCCGAGCUUUGGGGCAGGGGAAGGGCUGAGCAGGCAGCCCUGGCCAUGUCCCCUCCCUGUGCCAGCGCAGCGCCGGCUCUUGCGGGCGAGAGCGAGCCCCGGGCGGGCUCUGCAAGGCUGGCAGGGCUCAGCAGGCACCUGCUCGCUGCAGAGAAGAUGUUUUGGACCAAACCUCUCAAACUCAUCUUUUUUAUUUUCAGGAUUUUGAUUUUGUGGGGUAGCCCUCAGUCUGUGCGAGGUGAGCAGCCCUCCUGCUGCAGCCCCAGACAAGCCCCACUCCUGCUGUUCGGCUGUUUGGUACCUCCCCUUCCCCAGUCCCACUGUACAGACACAUCCUUGCUCCCACCAGCACCCGGGCUGCUGAUGUGCCCUGCUGGAGCUGCCUCUGCCUCUCCCCAGCGUUGCUUUUCAGGCCUCCCCUUGCUUGCAGCCUCGUCCGUGCCACGUCUGUGCAGUGCUGGUUGUGCCAGGUGAAUUAUUUCCAUCCUUGCGGGGCGUUUGCUGUCGCUGUGGCCGAGGUGGGGCUGUGGAGAGCCAGGGGGGAGCACCAGGGAGGAGCCCCCAGCCCAGCUCCUGCCUCCAUGGACACACCACGAGGGCUCGGCAGGGCGAGCCUGCAAACCCUGCUCGUUCCAGGUCCUUUGGAAGGGGGAGGGAGGGAGAAGGAGCCCUGUCUGACUGCAGAGCCAGGAUUUUGGGAGCUGGAAUCAUAUUUUAUAAAAAGAAAGUCUCAACCCCCAGGCCGUGGCGCUGGGGAUGGAUGUCGUGGCUUUUUUGUAACAGUUUUAAAGACUUUGAGUGACUGAAUUGCUCUAUGUGUCACUUUUUAUUUUUGAAAGGAUUAAUGUAUAAAUAGAGUAUCUUAAAAUAUUAUGAGGAAAAGAUCUAUAUUUGAUAUUUUUAGAAGAGAUGUAAGGAGAGAAGCAAAGGACAUUUGAAGCUGGUCACUGAGAGGCUCCAAAGCCCUUGACCCCCAGCCUGGAGCUGCUGCUUCCUUCACUCCAUUGUGCCCCUUUGAGAGAAGGGAGCUGAAAUUUCAGCUCUCUUCACGUUUUUGUCCACGGUAAUUAAACUUCCUGGGCUUUUGUCUUGGGGAAAAAAAGAGGAAAAAGGCAAUCAUGUUUUUCCUGCUUUCCGGGGGGGUGGCACAGCUCAUUCCCAUGGGAUCACACCCUCUCCAUAGGACUCUGACCCCUUGGGGAACACUCUGGGCGGCUGGAAUGGUUUGGGCAGGGGUGAGGUCCCCAAACUGCCUCGUGGUCUCUGCUCUGAGGUGUUGGAUGAAGAAGGCGAGAGGUUUGUAGGGAUAAAAUCCGGUGUUUCCCUCGCUGGUUCAUCUCCAUCUUUGCAUUUUAUAGCCAACUUCUGUGCUAUUUCUUGGCUUUCCCGACGCCGAGGAUGAGGCCGGGCUUUAUCCAGCCCUGGCAUCAGCUGGGGCUGGGCUGUAUGCAGCCUUGGCUUAGGAUGAGGCCGGGCUUUAUCCAGCCCCGGCAUCGCUCCGUGGCUGGGGCUGCUGCUGGGACCUGGGGCGGGUGUGUGAGAGGGAGAGGGAUGGGGAGGGCUGAUGGAAAGGAUUUUAAAAAACCCGUCAUACUUCAUCUGUCAGCACUGUGCUUGUGUUUGUGUCCUGUGCCGAGCGCUCCCUCUCCCUCCUGCCUGCCCGGCUGCUGCUGGGGCAGAGCGGAGCUGGGCAUGAAUGGGAGCUGCAAAGCUGCCAGGAGCCCUGCAAAGGCAUUCUCUGUGGACAGGGAAUUAUUUAGGGACCUGCUUAGCCAUGCUGUGUGAGCAGCAGCACCGCGCUGCUCCCGCCGUGUCCCCACAAAACCUUUCCGUGCAGGGUCCCCCUUGGCUCCUUGGAUACUCCAGUUACUCUGAGACCGGAGUAAAUUCCUUUUCAGAGGCACUUGGGAGCUUUUGGAUGUGCUACCUAGAGAGUUUCUGGGAACAAAAAUCCCACACACAUGUAUUUACGAGAUGUCUCCUGGAGGAAAGGAAAUCAAACUGAGGCAGAAGUUAUUGCUCUUACAAGAGAGCCAGUGGAAUAUUUUUUUUUAAUUAAAAUUUUCCAAAAAGAAAAA